AUGGCCGAUCGUAAGAGAGCGACAGCAGGUUCCCAUCAAUCAAGGCCCAGGAGAAAGAGGACAAAGAGAGAAUGGAAACCCUUGGAAGAUCGAAGUUGUACAGAUAUCGCAUGGUUUUUUAUAUUUCUUGUUUUCUGCGUUGGCAUGGGUGGCAUCUGUGGCUUUACCAUCGCCACCGGGGCUGCCUCCAGGCUGGUGUCCGGAUAUGACAGCUAUGGGAACACCUGCGGCCGGAGGAAUGACCAGAUAGAGGGGAUCAAGCUCAGCGGCCUGGACCACACUGACAAAAAGUAUGUCUUCUUCCUGGACCCAUGCAACAUUGAUAUUGUGCAGAGGAGGAUCAAGUCCAUGGCCCUGUGUGUGUCCAGCUGUCCGGACACGGAGCUGAAGACGUAUGCGGAUGUCAAGAGGUUCGCGAUGACAAACGGGUCUGAACUCUGCUCCUAUGAGCUGCCUCCGCAUAGAUACCCCAGCCAUCACGAGAGAACCACUAAAUGUCCCAAACUUCCGGUUCCAGCGAGUAAAUCUCUACCACUGUUCAACCGAUGUACCCCUGUGGAUAUCUCCUGCUACUCCAAAUUCGCCGAAGCCCUCAUCACCUUCGUUAGCGAGAACAGCAUGCUGCACCAGCUCAUCGCCGGGGUGAUGGCCAGCAAGGAGAUCAUCGUGGGGCUGUGUCUCCUGGCACUAGUGCUCUCCAUGCUCCUGAUGGUGAUAAUCCGCUACAUCUCUGCUGUGCUGGUCUGGAUCCUCACUGCCCUUGUGGUCCUGGGAUCCCUGGGUGGCACGAGUGUCCUGUGGUGGUUGUACAUUGAUCACAGGUUGAAUCAGAACGAAACCGUAGCUAAAGAAGAGCAGGAGUCAACCAGAGACAACACCCAAGCCCUGCUGAUCUAUGCCAUCGCUGCCACUGUGUUCACGGUGAUCCUGCUGCUGCUCAUGCUCUUUAUGAGGAAGCGAGUGACGCUCACCAUCGCCCUGUUCCACGUGGCGGGGAAGGUGUUCAUCCACCUGCCUCUACUGGUGCUCCAGCCCUUCUGGACCUUCCUGGCCCUCAUGCUCUUCUGGGUCUACUGGAUCAUGGUGCUGCUCUUCCUUGGCACCACUGGGAACCCGGUCCAGAACGAGGAGACGGGGUUGGUGGAGUUCCGCCUCUCUGGGCCUCUGCAGUACAUGAGCUGGUACCACGCGGUGGGGCUGAUCUGGAUCAGUGAGUUCAUCCUGGCCUGCCAGCAGAUGACCGUUGCCGGAGCGGUGGUUACCUACUACUUCACCAGAGACAAAUCCAAACUGCCGCUGACCCCCAUCCUGUCCUCCGUGUUCCGUCUGGUCCGCUACCACCUGGGCACGGUGGCCAAAGGGGCCUUCAUCAUCACGCUGGUCAAGAUCCCUCGCCUCAUACUCAUGUAUAUCCACAACCAGCUCAAAGGGAAGGAAAAUGCGUGUGCGCGUUGCAUGCUGAAAGCUUGCAUCUGCUGCCUGUGGUGUUUGGAGAAGUGCCUGAACUAUUUGAAUCAGAACGCGUACGCAGCCACAGCCAUCAACAGCACCAGUUUCUGCACCUCUGCCCGGGACGCCUUCAUGAUCCUGGUGGAGAAUGCUCUGAGGGUGGCAGCCAUCAACGCUGUGGGGGAUUUCGUUCUGUUUCUCGGGAAGGUGCUGAUCGUGUCGUGCACGGCCUUCGCGGGGGUCAUGGCGCUGAACUACCAGAGUGACUACACGGUGUGGGUGCUGCCCCUCGUCAUCGUCUGCCUGUUCGCCUUCCUGGUGGCGCACUGCUUCCUCUCCAUCUUCGAGAUCGUGGUGGACGUCCUGUUCCUCUGCUUCGCCAUCGAUACCAAAUACAACGACGGGAGCCCCGGCAAGGAGUUCUACAUGGACAAGGCCCUCAUGGAGUUUGUUGAGAACAGCAGGAAAUCGGUACCGGAGCGGGCGCGGGCCCGGCCGGAAGACUCCACCGAGACGGAGGUGAAGCCAAUGGCUCCUGGAACAAGUUCAGCUUGACCAAAAUCACCUAUUGGGACGUUUUGUAGACAUUCCAAAUGUUUAUUUUUACCAAUGUGUAACAUGUUUACUAUGCUUUCACUCCAGGGAAUACAAUAUUUUAAUAAGAAACUGUAUAAUAACUCUACGUAAUGAAGCACUUUAUAUUGAAGCUCUGCUUAUUUUAACAGCUGAUGCAUUUUCGUAGUGAUGUCCUUUUUUAUACGACUAAAACGAAGUUGUCCUUUAGUCAGACGCAGUACUAAAAUGUCUAGAAUCACUUUGGACUGGGUUGUUCAUCAUGUAAGGUGUCAGUACCACUUUAGUACCAUUUAGAUUUGCCUUCAGUGCAAGAGUCAGCCCAUGCCGAAGUAAAACCAUCACUGAAAUGUUUUUGAUAUCAGCCACUGAAACUAGUGUACGUUGUAAAUGAGCUCUUAUCACGUUCUGUUGGCACUAAUGUACCGUACUGGAUUUUGUUCGAUUUUUAUUUGAAUGGGGAGGGAGGGGGGUUAUGGUACACAGUGGCAUGUUUAUUUAUACGAGACUUCACUGACAUCAUGCAUUAGCAGAGAU